ACGUCAGCAGGAAGUGUGGCGGGGUUCCUGCUCAGCUUCGCCCCUAUCAGCUCUGCAGCGGUGAUGUUUGUAUAGUUAAACAAGUGACAAAGAGACGAUGCCUGUUGAGAGUAUUCCUGUCCGGGAUGUGUCCUUACAUUACCGCUUACUCCAGCAGUAUCUGGUGCUUCUUAAGAAAUACCCGAUACUCACGAAGUCUGUGACCAGUGGCAUCCUCUCAGCUUUAGGAAAUCUUCUGUCCCAAACUUUGGAGGCAAGAAAAAAGGCCAAAAAUGGAGCCCCGGUUAAUGAGGUCGACGUGGCUGGCGCUGCUCGCUAUGCCAUUUAUGGGUUUCUUAUUACCGGACCAGUGAGUCAUUACUUUUACCAGCUGAUGGAGGUGUGGAUGCCUACCACAGACCCCUUGUGCAUAGUCAAACGUCUGCUACUGGAUCGGCUGUUUUUCGCCCCUGGAUUUCUGCUCCUCUUCUACUUUGUUAUGAACAUCCUGGAGGCUAAAGGGUGGCAAGAUUUUGAAAAGAAGAUGAGAGGAAGUUACUGGACCGCCUUGAAGAUGAACUGGAAAGUCUGGACCCCCUUCCAGUUCAUAAAUGUCAACUUUGUGCCUGUUCAGUUCAGAGUGCUGUUCGCCAACAUGGUCGCCUUGUUCUGGUAUGCCUAUCUUGCAUCUGUGAGGAAAUGAUGCCACCAGGGAUUUCUGCACCGUCAGCGAGCUGAGACGAUACCACCAGGCUGUUAACUGUGCUACUGUAGACCUGUUCCUAAUCUGAACAAUAACUUCUGCAUGCAGUAGCUCCUCUGAUUUACAGGUUAAAGCCAUUAUAACAUGCUGCUAUAACACUUUGGCUACAUGACUGCCUUCGUGGGAGCAAAACAGCACUGCCAAAAGCUUGAAAACCGAUUGGUAAACUUUGAAUAAUGUGAUUGAGGAAGUCUCUCUAACACUGGAAUGAUGUCAGAUUUUACCACACACUGCCUAAGCUGCAGCUCCACCCCUGAGCUGACGAAACUUCUGGAAAUGAGUCAUUUCAUUUCAUUUUACAGUAAAAACAAACUGUACUUCUUAGUCACAAGGUGCUUUAGAAAAUUAAAAGAAGACAAUAAGACA